AUGGCUGUAGACAGCAAGAACCUGCUAGACAUUCAUGGAUUGUACAAUGUGUUUCAGGAGUUUGGGAUGCCACCUGUUCCAUAUGCCCAGAUCUUCACAAUAUGGAUCUGUUCUAACAGUCUUGGUAUUAUACCUGUGACUGUUUCCUAUUACAGCAGCAAGAAGCUGCAGGAGCUGGUGCCUCAGCCUAUCCUGGGCCAGAGGGCAACCACACACUGGGCCAGCAAGAUCCUUCGAGAAAUCAUCCAGAUCAAAGACAGGAGUCCUCUGGCACUGAAACGUCAGUUUUUGACUCACUGUCAUUACCUCACUGUCUAUGGCUCAGCUUUUUUCACUGGAACUUUACAGAACCCCCAAAGCAGCAGGGGUUCAACGACGAAAUGUCACAUAGGAGUGAAUGAUGUCGGGAUACAUAUCAUCAGCACACAGACCAAGUCAAUGCUCCAGUCGUACAAGUACUCCGAGAUAGAAUGGAAGCAUGUCCAGGAGUAUUCUCUGCUGGAGAUCCACGUUACAAGGCCAGAAGGGAAAACUGGUCGAAUCUCACCCAAAACUGUCACCAAAAUCCGCUCCAAACAAGCUGGUCUCAUCAACUUUCUCAUGGUCAAACUGGCCCAAAUGCACGACUGAAGGACAAGAUGGUGCCUGUCAACAAUUGUGAUAUAACAGACAAACAGAUAAUGUGGAAGUGCUAGUGUUCCUUUUUGUCUUUCAGCUGAUAGGAUGAGAGUAAUUUCAAAAUGUCAGCAGUUAAUGUCAAAUGUACAGCCUAACAUUUAAAAGUAAUUUGUAAUAUCAACAAAGUGAUUAUAUUUUUGUAAAAAGCAAAUCAAAUUCUUUGAAAAGAGUUCUCAGACUGACAUGAAAUCAACAGGAUUGAAAUAAUCUGGUCACAAAUCUGGAUAACGGCAUCAUGGAUGUGUUUGUAUGUGUGUCUCCACACAUCCUCAAACCAUGACUGUUAACAUCCUUCCCCCUGGAACAUAUAAAUGAAAGUGAUUCACUUAUGGUAUUGAAUGUUACCUGAAUGCUAAGAUUUUACCAUCCUUGUCAAAAUGUCUUGUUCAAAGAAAAGAAUACCUCCUUGGCUUCUCUUUUGCCCUACAGAUUGAGCUUUUUACAAGGCAAGCUGUUUCUGAUGCCAUAUUACUAUAGCUUUGCAGUGAGACUUUAGCUUAGUCUUAUCCCACGACUGGAUGUGAAGUGAUCAGUAGACUUUCCUGUGCUGAGGAUUGUCCUGAAAAAUUAGCAUUGAACUUGAUGAUCAGAUUGGGAAACUAAGUCAGAGAUGUGAUUGACACAGCUCUCUUUUGUGUGAAAUCUGACCAAUGAAAUCAAGACAACCACAGCAGCGACUGAUAGAGCUCACAAUGUGAUAUGUGAAAACUGAACAAAUUUCAAGUAUUUCUCCACAGAUUCACUAGUGAUGGGAAAAGAUCAAGAUAUUUUGCAACAGAAAAAGGAGAAUGUUUUCAAUAUUGCUCAUCUGACAGUGUAUAGUUCAGCAUUUGUGAUACAUAGCUGGUUGUGUGACUUCAAUAUGACUCUUGGGGUCAAGGUGACAUGUCAGGUCAUUGUGACCUUAUUUACCAAUUGUUAUGCUUACUUGAAAGUUACCCCCACCUCAGUGCUGAAGCUCAUUGCUUAUUGUAUACCUCAUUCACACACUGUUGCCUCAAUAUUUACUGAUGUGGUACGUUUGGUUAUCUACACCCUGACAGGGUCAGUGCCCUGCAAGGCAUUAACACAGUCGCAACAUACAGCUGGGAGAAGAUUCAGCUCAUCCUUCACAAUGGUAUUUGCAGGAUAGGUUCAAACUGUACCAGCACACAGAGAAAAGCCGGUUCUGGACCUUGAUGAAUAAGAAAGAGUCAGAUCCACAUUUGAGUCACAUGGUCCAUGAUGGAUGAUGCACUCUCCAUUCUGUCAACUGUGUUUCAUGAACGUAUCUGCAGGCUCCGUACCUUGAACAUGUACUCUCGGGAUGUCAAAAUAUGGCAUCACCCUGAUACGACACUUGCGAUACUUUGUUCAUGAUGGAGUACAUCUAAUAUUUAAUUUGCAGCGCUACUGCAAGAAUUACUUUAUUUCAUAGGGCAUAAACUGUUUGAAAAGGCUUCAAACUUCCUGUAUAUUUUGGUUCAUAUUUUAAAAUAGUCGAGACUGUAACAGCAUUUAAGUCUUAAUAGUAUGUACAUUGUACGAUGUAGAUCUUGCACACAUUUAUAAUGAUAGAAUUGUUAUUACAAUGUAGGUAGGACCCAUUUUGCCAACAAAGUCAUUCCAUUGCUUCUUUUAAUGCUGUGUGAGAAACAUAAAAUAAAAUAUUACAGGAUGACAAUGUGAAUUAAUUCAGGUAAGUGUGUAUCACAUAUCUUACCAUCUGAGAAUAAAUGAUACAAUGAUAUACUGGUCAAUUUAACAUCCCAAAUGGACACUGGGUACACCUUUGGGAGCACCCAUGGCACUUGUUUCACAGUUGUGUCCCUUGAACACAUCUGUUUACCAGUAGAUAAUGUCUGUGCAUCACAAUGCUCAAACUUCUGACCCAUGCUUCAACAUUAUGCAAAUUUAAAAUGCUGCUUUUCAUCUUGACUAACCUUAAGUUGACCUUGACCUUGACCUUGGUAUGCAACCACUUGGAACACAGAUCUGAUAGGCUGUACAUUGACUAGCUUUUUCUGAUAACAUAAUAGUGCAAGAUCUUGGUUCAAGGUGUUAUUUAUUCGAGGAGGCUAUUUGAUUGUUAGCUGUUUGUUGUUUUAGUGUGAAGGACCUACUAGCUGAAACACUUUAAGCCUGAUGUACCACAUAUCAUUGUACAUUUUGAAAAUACCCCGUAUUUGAAGCAUAUAUACAACUGCCGGAAAAAUAGAAUUGCAUUGACUUUUCUAUCUUUUCUUUCAGAUUACAUUUAUUUUACUUAGUAAUUAAUCUGUUAAUUUCCAUUUCAACAAUCUCCUAACAGCUUGUUUCUCCACUUGCACUCACCAAAAAUAUGUUUACCUCAGGCAAAUUCGCUUGUAAGUGAUAUUUCUGGGAAUGUAAAUUUCCUUCUAAAACUGAAAAGACAAAUAAUGUCAGAAUGUAAUUCUUUAUUGAUCUCCAAUGUGGCUUAAGAUCAAAUCUACCUUGGAACUAUGCUAUGAGGAAAUCCCUUUGUUAUGGGUCACAUCAGAAUUACAUUUCAUCUGUCCAAUAAGAGAGUCGCUUAGCAGAUCUGGAAAAUGACAGUCAUGGUCUGUAUGACCUAUUCAUUACAAACGUUUUUUGUCUCUCACUUCAGUGUGGAAAACAUUUCAAACAGAAGAAACUCUCCACAAACCAUGACUAAUACUGCCACAUAACCACGGACAUCUAUUAGACGUUCCAGAUUGUUUGGGGCGGUGGGGUAGCCUAGUGGUUAAAGCGUUGGCUCGUCACGCCGAAGACCCGGGUUCGAAUCCCCACAUGGGUACAAUGUGUGAAGCCCAUUUC